AUGGUUAUUUGUGUUCCUGGUGUUUUUGCUGAGCAUACCAGAAGCAACAAUAUAACGGAGGUCGAACGAGUUUUGGGCAUCGAAGCCGCUAGACGUGUUGUCAUAGACGAAUUACUUUCUGUGAUGGCGGGACAUGGUGUUGAUGUCAACGUCAGGCACGUUAUGCUGCUAGCCGAUACAAUGACCAAUCGGGUGAGUUAUAUUGUUCAUGCUUAA